UCUUCAUUCUCGAUAUCUCUAUUAUUAUUUUUUACAAAGCUCGACUACCCUCACGCAACAUGAAAUUCGCAGUAGCAACAUCCCUCCUCUUCGCAACUCUCGCACUCGCCAACCCAGCGCCUGUCGCGCAACCCGAAGCCCUUCAAGCUUCCCCAGAGCAACCGCGUUAUCCAAUCGGCGGUGCAAUUCUAGCUCCUGAGCUUUCAGGGCGCAGCAGCUCUUCUUCCAAGUCUUCCAGAUCUCCAAAGAAAAGCAAGCCUAAGCCAUCCAAGCCCAAGAAUUCGAACGAGACAAACAGCACAGAGGAAGACACGUCUGCCGCUCCUAGUGUUGUGCUUCCCAAUCUUGCACUCGAACUAGGUGCGCUUAGUGUUGGGGUUAUAGAACUUGUGCGUCUGUGGGGUUGA